AUGGUAGCCAACAAUGAACCCAUCAAUCCCAACCUCCUAUCCUCAUCAGAAAUGACCUCAGACAUCCAAGUCAUCUCAGAAGUCCAAGGAAGCAAUCCACAUCCCCCCAAGAGCACUGGAAAACCAAAAGCGAAGAAAGCCACCGACACCACCGAUGGAGAAGAAUCAACCUCCAAAGGUCGCUCCCGUAGCUACGUUGAAUCGGAGGACCUUCAGCUCUGCAAGUCAUGGGUCGAGGUCAGCGAGGAUCCAAAGAAAGGCACCGACCAGACGUUCAACGCUUUCUGGCAGACGGUUGCUCAGCACUUUUUGGCUCAGCUCCCCAGCUCUGGCCAAACAGCCAAAAGCCUGAAGAACCGUUGGGGCGAUCGGAUCCAGAGGGAAGUGAAUAAAUUUGCUGGAUGCGUAAAUCAAAUUCAAAACUUGAAUCCAAGCGGUACCAACUCCAGCAACCGUUUCACCAUGGCGAUGUCAUUGUAUUCCAAGCUCUACGAUAAACCUUUCACGUUCCUCGGAUGCUAUGAAAUACUUUUGGCUUCCCCCAAAUGGAAUGACUACUGCCGCAACAUUAAGAAGAAAGAGCAGCCGACUCCAUCAAACAAGCGAAAAGAACCCGACAGUGGUCCUCCUCCAGCCAGCUCGUCAACUCAAUCGUCAAGUCAUCUUCCUAGCACGAAUACUUCAGUCAAUUCAUCGGGAGAUGAGACUAGUGUUCCUCCGACCCGCCCAAUUGGCCGCAAACGGGCAAAAGAAGACUUAGCCGCCGCAAACACUUCCAAAAAAACCAAGAGAGCCUGA